AUGAAGUUGGGUAUUAUACCUUACCAGGAAGGUACUGAUAUUGUUUACAAGAAUGCUCUCCAGGGUCAGCAAGAAGGGAAGAGACCUAAUUUACCACAGAUGGAAGCAACGCACCAAAUCAAGUCAUCGGUUCAGGGUACAAGUUAUGAGUUUGUCCGCACAGAAGAUAUUCCAUUGAAUCGAAGACAUUUUGUGUACAGACCGUGUUCCGCAAAUCCCUUUUUCACUAUUUUGGGGUAUGGCUGUACAGAAUACCCAUUUGACCACUCUGGAAUGAGCGUCAUGGACAGAUCUGAAGGGUUGUCAAUUAGUCGAGAUGGAAAUGAUCUGGUAAGUGUCCCGGAUCAAUACGGUUGGAGAACUGCAAGAAGCGAUGUGUGUAUUAAAGAAGGAAUGACGUAUUGGGAAGUGGAGGUAAUUCGUGGAGGAAACAAGAAAUUCGCAGACGGUGUUAAUAAUAAGGAAAAUGCUGAUGAUUCAGUAGACGAAGUACAAAGUGGCAUAUACGAAAAAAUGCACAAACAAGUGAAUGACACCCCGCAUCUACGAUUUGGAGUUUGCAGAAGAGAGGCCAGUUUAGAGGCUCCCGUAGGGUUUGAUGUGUACGGGUAUGGUAUUAGAGACAUUUCGUUAGAAUCUAUCCACGAAGGAAAAUUGAAUUGCGUCCUAGAAAAUGGUUCGCCAUUGAAAGAGGGUGAUAAAAUCGGAUUUCUACUGAGUCUUCCUAGCAUUCAUACACAAAUCAAACAAGCUAAGGAGUUUACCAAAAGAAGAAUUUUUGCACUGAACUCCCAUAUGGAUACGAUGAAUGAACCAUGGAGAGAAGAUGCUGAGAAUGGGCCUUCAAGGAAAAAAUUAAAACAAGAGACAACGAACAAAGAAUUUCAAAGGGCGCUAUUAGAAGAUAUUGAAUAUAACGACGUCGUCCGCGAUCAAAUCGCCAUCAGGUAUAAGAACCAGUUGUUCUUUGAGGCAACGGACUAUGUAAAGACAACGAAACCGGAAUAUUAUUCUUCUGAUAAGAGGGAAAGGCAAGACUAUUACCAGUUAGAGGAUUCAUAUCUUGCUAUCUUUCAAAAUGGUAAGUACCUAGGCAAAGCAUUUGAAAAUUUAAAGCCGUUGUUACCACCGUUCAGUGAGUUACAAUACAAUGAAAAGUUCUAUCUUGGAUAUUGGCAACAUGGUGAAGCUCGUGAUGAGUCCAAUGAUAAAAACACAACCAGUGCCAAAAAGAAAAAGCAGCAACAAAAGAAAAAGAAGGGAUUGAUACUCAGAAACAAAUACGUAAAUAAUAACAAACUGGGUUACUAUCCAACAAUCAGCUGUUUUAACGGUGGAACAGCGAGGAUAAUUAGUGAAGAAGAUAAAUUGGAGUACCUCGAUCAAAUCCGAUCAGCUUACUGUGUUGACGGGAAUUCAAAAGUUAACACACUGGAUACAUUGUACAAAGAACAGAUAGCUGAAGACAUAGUAUGGGAUAUAAUCGAUGAGUUGGAGCAAAUUGCCCUACAGCAAUAA